AUGCAGAACAUCACCGAGUCCGAGUUUCAGCGAGAGGUGCAAGCCCUCAAGUCGCACCGCCGCAUCUCGGUCAACCGACCGCUGCUAGAUCCCGACCUGCCGGACUUGGCAGCGGCCCACGGUGGCGGCAGGGAGCUGCUGGGAUCUGAAGAUGGCUCUUCCUCGUCGUCAUCUCCCUCGUCCUCGCCGCAUAAUUCACCUUCGAGGGGCAUCGAUCUGAGCGAUCAUGGACCGACGAUGCGAUCCGCUUCGUCUUCGUCCUCUCCCGAGGCUGGAAGCUCCUCUGGCGGCCGACAAGCAUUCACAGCAAGGAGGAGAGGGGCAGGUGCGCUGGCAGCGGCAGGCGCAUCUGCCUCGCCGAGCGGCGAAAGCGAUGGAGCGGCGUCAGCAGCAACGUCCAGCGAUGACACACCCCUGACGAGGCCCCUGGACCCAAGCCAUCUCUUCUGGGUACCGGCUUCGGUCCACCCUGAGAUCUCGCCAAACGAUUUUCGAAAGUUUCUUCAGGACCAUGCCUCGAGAGCCGCAAAGGGUGAGGGUGCCGAUGGCUUGAGCUCUGCCUCUACCGUCGACCCUACCUCGCCCGGCUCACCGCCGCCCUCGCCCGUCGAUGCGCUCGUGCACCGCUCAACGUCGAUUGCGAGACGAGGCAGUACGCUCCGAAGACAAUACCAACCGGAACAUGAAGACGACGGCGGCAGCAGCAGCAGUAGCGGCGGCAGCGGCAUGAACACGCCUACCCUACCAGGCCUCUCGAUUCCUGGCACGCCACGAUCGGGCGCCUCGUUGCGAAAGGUGGGAAGCAGAGGAAGCAACUUUGCCUCGUCGCGCGGCGAACCUACGCUGUCGAUCGACGACUUGCAGAAGCUCGAGAAGCUGGCCGAGGAUGCUAGUCGAAGCAACGAUCCAGCCGAGUUGAGAAGCGUGUUGAGGAGGACAAUGAGCCUCAAUGUGGCUCCAUCCGCCCUCGAUCAAGUCGACGCUGUGCCUGCCGAGGCGGGCGUGGAGGAUGCGCCGCUCAUUGUGCCGAGACCAGGUCAAAUUUUGCGAAGAGCGGCUCGCACAAAGAUCAGAAAGGCUUCCCUCGGUGAAUCGUCUGGCGCCGGCAAUCGAGCGGCAGGGCUGAGGAGGAGGGGAGCGGCCAGUCCAUCCUUUGGUCAUCGACAGCGAGAUCACCAAUCUCAGUCUUCAGGCGACUUGACGCUGGACAAGGACACGGUUGAGAUGGCAGGCGUGGCCAUGGCCCUUUCGGAUCAGCGCAGACAGAGUGAUCUUUCAUCUGAUCUUUCCUCUGGCGAGGACGAGGCCGGCAUAGAGGCGAGCAAAAGGGCGUCUGAGGGUGCGACGGAGAGUAUCGUCGACGCUUACUCAAGGGACUCCUACAUCUCCGAUGGAACGCAGCGGACGAGUGUGACAUCCGUCACAGACAGCAUCUCUUCCUCGAAUGACACGAUGGAAGAAAGGCGAGGCGAAGACCAUUCGCCCCCCGAGACGCCCACUCCGCAGACGAUUGGUGCAUCCCAACGGGGUGGCGGCUACUUUGACGUAGUCCGUGAUACGAAACCAUCUGAGAGCAACGAUAGCGAACGAGCUUCGCCUCUGUACGAGUCUCCCGCCCAGUCGCCCACAGAGGCUUUCGAGUACAGCUCAUCAUCACAGCGGCCCAUUCGACCGAUACCCGUUCAGCAGGUGCCCCCCGUGCCUUCGUUUGAAAAGAAGCGACCCACCCCCGCCGCUCAGUCACCACCACCAGCCUCGAGUGCACCCCCGUCUUUGGCGCAAACGAGGGACGUUGGACCCCCUGGUCACGGCCUGGUCAAAGCCGACACGAUGCCAAUCAUGCCCUCGGCGACAUCCAAGCCGAUCGUCACCGCGCAAAAAGAACAGCAACCGUCCGCCAGGAGAGCCGUCUCACCUCCGCUUCCCCAGCCAUCUCGUCAUGGCAAGGAGAAGAAAUCUUCUUUUGGCUUGUCUUGGUUCGGUCUGGGCAAGGAGGACGACGACGAAAAGGAGAGCGGCGGAGCCAAGAGCAAGCUCAGCAAGCGUGAAAAGAAGGAGCGCAAGGAAAAGGAGCGUGAAGCUGAGCAAUUCCAUCACACGUCGGCCCAACAGCAGCAGGCCCAUAAUGUCCCAUCGGCAAGCAGCUUCAGCGGCGCCAUGGCGGUUGCGCCUGACAAGGACAAGGACAAAGAUAAGGACUCGAGCGGUUUCCUGGGUUCUUUGUUCGGAAAAAAGAGGGGGCAUGAGGAGGCGCAGCACGGGUCUAAGGCAGAAACGGGUCCCUAUGGCCAAAUCACCGCCGGAAGUUUGCUCGAUCGGGGAAUGGGCAAAGGGCCAUACGUCAACUACUAUCGUUAUCCCAUCCAUAUCGAAAGGGCCGUCUAUCGACUGAGCCACAUCAAGCUCGCUAAUCCGAGGCGGCCGCUUUAUGAACAGGUGCUAAUCUCUAACCUCAUGUUCUGGUACCUCUCCAUCAUCAACCGAUCCCAGCAGCAACAGCAGCAACUACAACAGCAGCAACAGCAAUUGCAGCAGGCUACGGCCCAGCAACCACAGCAGCAGCAACAAGCACAACAACAACAACAGACUCAGCAGCAGCAGCAGCAGCAGCAGCUACAGGCAUCUCAAGCGCAAUCAGCACAGCAGGAAGCGACUGGAGGACAGGUCAAGACCUUGGCUGCCGCGCAGGACCACCAAGAGCACGAAGAGCCUGAAUUCUCCGAGACAAUUACUGGGCAGCAGCUGCCCGACGUGGGUGCCGUCACUGAGCCAUCCGUCAGCACGUCGGCUGCAGCUGCUCCGAGCAAGGUACAGCAGCCACAGAAGACAAAGCGCGGUGGCUUGACGAAACCGAAUCGGGCCCCUCCGGGCUCCAGAUCCGCUGAGACGGCCAUCCCUGCUGCUGGGUACGGCGCCCAACACCGUCAACUCAACGACGAGUUCUCGCAUGUCGGUGGAAGUGGCAGCGCAAGCAAUUACGGAGGCGAUCACGGCUCAAAUGGCAUGUUAGGAGGAGGGCCUUCCAUCUCGGUCGGACAAGUCGUUGACCCGCGGGCCUUGCAGGCAUACGGUGGUGGCGCUGGUGUCAAUCGUGGGCCAUCAACUUCUGCGUACAUGGAAUACUCCACAGGAGAGAGCUAUGAUGAGUCAAGCGGAGGUUUGAGUGACGUAGCGGCCGGUGGGACUCGACGCGUAAGUCCACAGCCUACGGUCCAGCGCGUUGUUUCAGGAGGAGGAGGCUCUUCGACCUCACGACGGGGCGCAGGAACAGACGAGCACGCUUGGCUGGGCAGUGGCGGCAGCGCAAGAAUCGGGCCGGGGAGACGAUCGCCAAGUGCAGAGGACCGGAGGAGUGACCCGAGCGCCGAUAUCUGGAAGGCGGAGGGGGGUGUCAGUGCGAUUGAGGGGUGGACCAAGCAGUCAGCCGCGUCGAGGAAGCCGUAUAGAUCGAGCGAUCCGCAGCAGAGCACUAACAAGCCCGUCAACGGCGAAGAAGUCGAGGGUCGCUACUCGUUUGAGCCAGAAGCUUUCGAAGGUGGUGCUGCGAGAAGCAAGGCGCGGGCCAAAGAUGGCGCCAUGAGCACGUCAAGCAGCGGUAAGAGUCUGAGCAGCACACUGUCAAGCGGCAGCGGAGGAAGCAACAGCGACGGUCAAGCCCCGACGCACAACAACGACGCAGAGUUUAUACCCAUUGUGGGGAGCGGAAGUUCAGCCAUGCUCGAUGCUGCUCGGACGAGCCAAUCUAGACGACGAUGA